UCUCUCUCUCUCUUCCCCCUUGGUAAUGGAAAGAAUACUUAGUUGGAGGCAGAAAACUGAAUUAGAAUCCUGAUGCUUUCUAGCUAUGUGAUCUCAGAGCCCUUUUGGGCCUCUCCUCUCCUAAUUAAUAAUAACUAACAUUCGUACAGCAGUUUAAUGUUUGCAGAAUGCUUUCCAUGUGUUAUCUCUUGGUAUUUAAGGUCUUCCACAGCCUGGUGCCCACCCACCUUUCCAGUCAUAUUUCCUAGUACCACAUUUCAUGGGCUUCACAUCCCAGCCAAUCUGGACUACUAUUCACCCAACUCCAUCCUCCACCUCUUGCCUCCAUGCAUUUGCACAAGCCAUUUCCCAUAUUUAGAAUGAUUUACAUCCUCUGCCUUUUCUUUCUUUAAGGCUCGAUUCCUCUGGAAAUUCCCUCAAUCUCCACCAUUUAUUUGUGUUCACUCCCUCCUCAAGUUUCCUCAUACUAUAUUUACUUGUUUAUAUAUCUCCUCCCACAUUCAGUAAGUACAGUGUAACAUUUUUGAGAUAAGAGACUUUCUUAUUUUUACCUUUGCAUGUACAGCUCCAAACUCUUUGAGUUCUACAUGGCAGGGGCCUACUGUUCACUGAAUUGAACUGAACUAAAAUCACUUCUUUCUAGGCUUUGGUUUCUUCAUCUGAAAUGAGGGGAUUAGAUUACAUGGUUUCUGAGAUUCCAUCUUGUUCUAAAUCCUAUGUGAGUGUUUUUCCCAGCAGAAGGAUUCAAGCUCCUUGGCUCCAAGUUGGAAGUCCAGUUAUUUUCCUCAUCCGCAGCAAUGUCAGUGACACAUAUCCUCUUCAGUCUCCCGCCUUCCCUGUCCCUGCCUGAUCAUCUGCCCUUCCCCAAGCCUCCCCUCAUCGCUGGGGAAAGGUUAUCACUAAGCCCAGAUGACUUCCCUGGGAAUAGAGGGGUCGAGGAGACAGACACUGGUCCUGCUGCUAGCUGGAGGAGAUAAGAGAGGCAGGUGUUUCUCCCCAGCAGUCAUUGCCUCUGGUCCACCAUGCCCAAGGGUUUGCUGCUCCUAGUACUGUGGGCUUUGCUGGGGGAUCUGCCGGCAGCCGAGGGCCGGACAUCUCCCUAUGCAGUAAAGCUGUGUGGCCGAGAGUUCAUCCGGGCUGUCAUCUUUACCUGUGGGGGAUCUCGAUGGAGAAGGGCUAGGGCAGGGGAUGCCUUUACUGAGGAGCUGGGGGGUGAGUCCCAGGAGACCACUUCGAUUGAAUGGCUGUCCAGCCCCCUCUUGCCACUGUCCAGGGAGCCUGAAGACUUUUACAGCAGCGUGGGAGGCCCCAGCUGGUCCAGGAUGUCCAGGAGCCCGUCAGAGUCAGAGCCUGAGGCCAGGUCUGGCCAGGGCUUCCUUCGAGGUGGUCGGGAUGUUCUGGCAGGUGUCUCCAGCAACUGCUGCAAGUGGGGCUGUAGCAAGACUGAGAUCAGCAGCCUGUGCUGAAUGACCUUCCCCCUUCUACUCCUCCUGGUUCUAGACUCCAGGUCCCCCUGCCCUCUGCCCCUCCAGGGGCCACACUCUAGGUCUUCCCUCUCACUCUUGUCCCUACUUUGUUCUUCCCUCACUUCAUUUUCCAGUGCUAGACUGGGGUUCCCUUCCCUUCCCUCUCUCUGCUCUACCUUCCUUUCUGGUGUGAGAUUCCAGGGCCCUCCUCUUUCUCUCUGCCCCUUAUUCUCUUCUUCAGACUGCCCCCGCUCCAGCCCUAGAUCUGUAUGUACUGUCCCCUCAACUUUGCCCCUCUCCUCUGCCUGGUCCUUGAGCUGUUUGGGAAAUGGAGCCUGGGGAAAUGGACCCUGCCUAAUUCACCCCACCCAUCACCCUUCUGCUGUUAUUGUGGGUACCAGGAGGACAUCGAUUGUGGGGGUGGUCAUAGAGAGCUCUCCUAAGUCACUAAUUUCUGGUCUAGGGAAAAAAAUUGUCAUACAGAUUUAUAGGAUCAUAGAUUAAAGCUGGACAGGAACUCAGAUAUAUUCCCAUAGUUGCAACCUGGGAUCGGCCCACUUGUGAUUGUGAAUACUCACAACCACACCACACACAGUGAUACCUACAUUACUCUACACCCACAAUCAUUCAGUCAUGCAGGCAAUCGACAGACAGUUGCUAUUCUGUACUCACUGUGGGGGAUGGGGAAAGGGUGGGUGGCUGGGGCUGGGAGGCCGGAUGCCUGGGUUCAGGAUGUGGGUUGGCCCUGGUCCAAGCUCUCUCAAAGUCUCAAUAAAACUCAGAAUAACUUUGUG